AUGUCUACUCCGGCCGGCGACGGUGAGGACCCCGGCGCAGGGACGCCGGAAGCAGCAGCGCCAUUCUCUGCCGACUGGAAGGAGCGGAUCUUGGUCCCCGUCGUGGCCGCCGGUAUUGUCGGAGCUGGGUUCGGGCUGGUGUCGCGGCACAGGGCGCGCCUUGGCCCGAUCCGCGCUGCCGCUACCUAUGCGGCUAACCUCUCCAUCGUGGCCGGAUGCUACGGAGGUGCACGUGAACUUGCAAGAGAUGCUCGAGCUACAACACCUGAUGACCUCAUGAAUUCUGUUGUUGGUGGGCUAGCAAGUGGAGCUGUUCUUGGCCGAAUACAAGGUGGUCACUUUGGGGCGGUGAAGUAUGCAGUCACCCUAGCGGUUGCUGGUACUGCACUGGACUAUGCCGCGAUGAAGCUAAGCCCUCAAUGGCGUGAUUGGAAAGAGCAUUUGUCCGUUGAUACGAAAGACUGGUUUACUGUACCCGAAUGGUCACCUAUCCAAGUGCUCGAUGAGGAGGCCUUGGCGAAGAAACGAGAGCGAGAGGAGUUGCUGUUUGCUCAGCGAGCACUUGGUAAAGUUAGCAAGGAGGAGCCUUAG